GUUUUAUAUAGUAGGGGUGGAUGUUAUCAUUUCAGUUCACUACCAACUGUCGCGAACAUUGGCCACAUUCGGACAACCAUAUAUCCAACAUGGCUACGAAACUUCUGGUGUUACUAGCCGUGGUGUCAAGCGCGACAGCCGCUGUAAAACUCCAAGAGAUGUUCUCUUGGAAUGUGAUGGACUGGAACUACCCUGACCCUUACACAAGACAGCAAGCCAUACAAUCUGGAGCUCUCGUUCAGGAGAAUGCUCUCCCUGUCGGCAUUGAGAGGUGGAGGAACAAACUCUUCGUCAGCGUACCUAGGUGGAAGGCGGGUAUUCCUGCUACACUGAACUACAUACCUUUGGAUGCCCCCUACGAUCCGUCUCCAAAACUGAACCCCUACCCAAGUUUUGCAGGCAACGAGUUGGGUAACUGCCAGACCGGUCUGAACACAGUCUACAGGAUAAAGGUCGACAAAUGUGACCGUCUCUGGGUCCUCGAUGUUGGUACAUACGGAUAUGAUGCCAACGUUACCAACCUCUGCCCAUACUCGCUCAACAUUUACGAUCUGAACACUGACCAACGCAUCCGAAGAUAUGUAUUUCGUCCUGAAGACAUUGUUUCAUCUACAUUCAUUGCUAACAUUGCUCUCGACGAAGGAAGAACCUGUGAUGAUACUUUCGCUUACUUCUCCGACGAGCUCGGCUACGGUCUCAUAGCCUACUCAUGGCAACAAAACAGGUCGUGGAGAUUUAGCCAUGGAUUCUUUAUGCCCGACCCUCUGACCGGAGAUUUCAACAUCGCCGGCUUGAACUUCCAAUGGAGUGCCGAAGGAAUUUUCGGAAUCACUGCUUCUCCUGCGGGACCAGAUGGUUUCAGAACGCUCUACUUCAGCCCCUUGGCUAGUCACACCCAGUUUGCUGUCUCUACUCGGAUUUUACGCGAUGAAUCAAAAGUAACUGGAUCAUACCGCGACUUCCAAGUUGUAGGUGAACGAGGUGCUAACGGCCACACUACCUCUAAAGUGAUGGACGAAUAUACUGGAAUUGAAUUGUUCAAUUUGAUUGACCAAAAUGCUAUUGGAUGCUGGAGACAAGAUCUACCUUAUAAACCACAAAACAUUGCUGUGGUAGACAAAGACGACGCGGGUCUUAUUUUCCCUAGCGAUGUCAAAAUUGACGCUCAACGGAAUGUGUGGGUAAUGUCCGACAGGAUGCCGGUGUUCCUUGAAUCUACUUUAGAUUACAGUGACAUCAACUUCAGAGUGUACACUGCUCCCAUUGAUAUUCUGGUUCAAGAAACUGUUUGCCAGGCUGCUCCUCAGCUUUUGCAGACCGUCAAACCAGUUCAACAAACUAGCGUGAUUCCUCAGCAGCCCUCAUACUCAAUCUACGAAACAGGUUUGGGAGUGACUGCGAACCCCCUGACCAUUCAGGGAGGUUCUCUUUCGCUGUUCUCUCCCGUUUCAUCUCCUCAGCCGGAGAUAGCCAGCACCUUCAGGCCUGGAACUAUUAUUAGGAACUCGAUACCUACUGUGCAGAGCUACAUCAACUUCCCCAAACAAACUGCAAUCCCCUACAUUGCUGGAAGGCCAAAAUCCUACAUUCACUCUAGCCGAAACCCUUGGUGGCACGAAAAACGUAAUUACGAAGUAUACGAACAUUAACAUCGAAUAUAGUACUUCUAUUCGAAAUAACUAAGAAUAGGAUAUAUACAAUGUUGCUUAGGAACUUUAUCUGUCCAAUCAACAUUGGUUCUUCUAAUUACUAUACAUUACUUACUGUUAAUUCUUAGUAGAUAUGUAAAUGUAUUUUGACAUACAAUUUCAUAUUUGCAGUUUACCAUGCUGCAGAACAUUAACUAUUAUUUGCAAUAGUUAAAUGUAUCUGCCAACUCAACUCAAACUCAACUGUUAGACACGUGUCCAUUAGUUUCUGUGACUUUAAAACAUUAUUAAGUUAUAAAAUAUUUAUUUGGUUAUAACACGUAAGUAUUCAGAAGUUAUUGUAAAAAAUGUACUUCUAGAAAUCAUCAAAAUUAUUAUUGUAAGAUUUUUACGUGCAUUGUACAUGUAUAGUAGCUUAAUAAUAUAAUUACGGUUAAAACUGUUCCCAUAGUGUGUGAGAGUUACCUGUUAUUUAAUUUUUUUACGAAAUAAACGAUAUACUUAAAUGUAA